AAUCCAUGUUUUUUCUCCACCAUCCACAGUUCUUGGAACAACUAGUAAACCAGUGAAUCCAAGAUUUAUACGCCCUUUUCAAAAGAUUAUCAUAUCAUACAGUUCUUGGGUCUUUAUGCAAUGAACUUCAUGUUGAUUUUCAUUUUCCUCUCGACCCUGUCAAUCACUACAUAUUCUCUUCCUUUUGUUGUCUUUCAUGGAAUAUCAGAUAAAUGUAGCAAUGGAGGCAUCACGCGUUUCACCGAGCUUCUAAGCAACUGGUCAGGCUCUUCAGGACAUUGCAUUGAAAUUGGUAAUGGAGAGUGGGAUUCCUGGUUUAUGCCUUUCUCCAAGCAGGUAGACAUUGCUUGUGAGAAGUUACAGAAAAUGAGUGAGCUUAGUGAAGGUUACAACAUAAUUGGGCUCUCCCAGGGGAGCAUGGUCGGCAGAGGGGUUAUUGAGUUCUGUGAUGGUGGACCUCCAGUGAGGAAUCUUAUAUCUCUGGCUGGUCCUCAUACUGGAAUAGCUUCUGUUCCCUUGUGUGGUUCAGGUUUCUGGUGCAUUCUUGCAGACUCUUUGCUCAAGUUAGCUAUUUACAGCAAUUUUAUCCAGGAACAUCUUGCUCCUGCAGGGUACAUUAAAAUCCCAACUGACAUAGCUGACUAUAGAAAAGGAUGUAAAUUCCUUCCAGUACUCAACAAUGAGGUACACAGAAAUUCUACUUUCAAGAAAAGGUUUGCAAGCUUGGAAAAGUUGGUACUUAUUAUGUUUGAAAAAGAUGAAGUUUUGGUACCAAAGGAGACCUCAUGGUUUGGGUACUAUCCUGAUGGUUCCUUCAGCACUGUUUUGCCUGCUCAGAAGACACAGCUCUAUACAGAAGAUUGGAUUGGUCUGAAGAUGUUGGAUGAAGCUGGAAAAGUGAAGUUCCUGAAUGUAUCUGGAAGUCAUCUUGAAAUAUCAACUAGUGAAAUGAGGAAAAAGAUACUACCAUACUUGAUAGAUAAUGUAUCUACUACAGUGACUACAUCAAGAUCAUCUGAUCUAUUAUGGCAUUCAUCUGUCUGGGAUUUCAACGAUGAAUUCAGUGGUGCUGUAGAAGAAAUUCUCCAGCUGCACACUAUGCUGAAACAGUUUAGCUUAAGAUGAUGGAAAUUUUAGUUUAACUGUUAGUCAGUGGCUGCCUAAAGAAACUCCAAUCCGAUCCACCCCCACCUGGAUGGCAUCUAUCUCAUUCCGAUCACAAGGAGAGUUUCACUAUGAUGGGGUUUACUUGUUUUUUUUCCCUUAAGGAAAAAAUGAAAUGCAUAGGGGACCAUCCUUAAUGGGGAAAGUUGAACAACGAAGAAAAAUCAAAAUCCGAUUAUAGUCUUUUCAAUUCGCACAACUUGAUUUUUUCCCUUGUGAUAUCACUUUUAUCUCUAAUAAUUGAUCUAACAACAUGAAAUUGCCGUGCUCUUUUCUUUUU